GCAGUUAAAUAAAAUUCGGAGAGAUGAAUUAUGAAAGCAGGGUUGUUUUUUCUGGUGUUAGUGUUAGGUCGAAUCUUAAUCCUGUAGCUGAUCGUUUUGUAUCCAUGCUUGCUCAGUGUGGAUUUUAUCCUCUCCUCCAUAAUUUUCCAACAAAAUCUCAAACAUAAUAAAUAAAAAUUACAUUUUUAUUCACAAAAAUAUCGGGAUUCAUCUUGUUCUCAUUUUGCCCCCUUUUUUCUUCUGCUCUCCCGAAUCAGAAACCCUAAUCAUUGUUUGGGAUUUCAGAGGAAAGAAAUUUAAACAGAGCACGAAGAUGAAGGGUCUCUUCAAGUCCAAGCCUCGCACUCCUGCAGAUGUAGUGCGCCAGACCAGAGAUCUUCUGCUCUUUGUUGAUCGCAGCCCCGAAACCCGCGAAAGCAAACGUGAAGAGAAGCAGAUGUCCGAGCUAUUUAAAAAUAUCAGGGAGCUAAAGUCAAUCCUGUAUGGAAAUAGUGAAUCUGAACCAGUGUCUGAAGCCUGUGCGCAGUUGACUCAGGAGUUCUUUAAGGAGGAUACGUUGCGACUGCUUAUCAAGUGUCUUCCAAAAUUGAAUUUGGAGGCCAGAAAAGAUGCCACUCAAGUUGUUGCAAAUUUACAAAGGCAACAGGUUCAGUUUAAGUUGAUUGCAUCUGAUUACCUGGAGAAAAAUAUGGAUCUUAUGGAUAUUUUGAUAGUUGGCUAUGAAAACCAAGAUAUGGCUUUACACUAUGGUGCGAUGCUGAGGGAGUGCAUAAGACACCAGAUUGUUGCAAAAUAUGUCCUGAACUCACCUCGUAUGAAGAAGUUUUUUGACUAUAUCCAACUUCCAAAUUUUGACAUUGCUGCAGAUGCUGCAGCAACCUUUAAGGAGCUCUUGACAAGACAUAAAUCUACUGUGGCUGAAUUCCUUUCCAAGAAUUAUGAAUGGUUUUUCGCAGAAUAUAACACUAAGCUGUUGGAAUCUUCCAAUUAUAUUACAAGGCGUCAAGCUGUCAAGUUGUUGGGAGAUAUGUUACUUGAUCGUUCAAAUUCAGCCGUAAUGACAAGAUAUGUGAGCUCAAGAGACAACUUGAGGAUUUUAAUGAAUCUUCUAAGAGAGUCAAGCAAGAGCAUACAGAUUGAAGCAUUUCAUGUUUUCAAGCUAUUUGCUGCUAACCAACAUAAGCCAGCUGAUAUCGUCGGUAUAUUUGUUGCGAACAAAAGUAAGAUGCUGAGACUGUUGGAAGACUUCAAAAUUGACAAAGAGGAUGAACAAUUUGAAGCUGACAAAGCUCAAGUGAUGAGGGAAAUUGAAGCUCUUUAAACAAGGAAACAGCGACGCACCUGAACUGCAAAUUGUGUUAAGUGGCAAAGUUGCAAUGUGUGGCAUUUCACUUUAGCGAAUUGUGUAUUGUAAUAGUUCUGUUAGUCUUUUAUCACGAUGAGACGAUCCGUUUCAUACAGACUUCGAUGCUUCCUUUCUGUAAUUUUGUAACCGCCCUUUAAAAUUGUAGAUAAAUAAAUUGCUUAAAUGAGCCUACAUUAUUAGUGUCUUUGUAGGUGUUAGUAAUAAGGUCUUCCAAGCUGCCGUGUAAAUUAUUAAUUGUGCAAGGUCAUGCAAUAAUCUCACAA